AUGUGGCACCAAGUUGACAUCUUUACUAUGAUCAUGUUUAUGUUGUUGGCCAUUAUUAAUGCAACCACAUUAAUCUCUGACCAGAGGAUUGAGAUCAGCUCCAUUUCAACCACAUUUGAUGAACAAGAGCCAAUGAUCACUAUCAAUCCAUGUACUGAUCGUGAUCAAUGCAGCCAGCCACCUGAUCCAUCCCCACCAUCUUAUUGCACUGCAACAACUGUCCCAUCUCCACCACCACCACUACCACCUCCAACACCUCCACUAUCAACUUCUCCUCCACCACCUCCUCGGUUUGUUUACUUUCCGUCAACCACUCCACCAGGGAACCCAUAUGAUUUUUCAAUCCACUCGGGUGCCUCCGGUUGGUGUUCUUCAGCUACAACUGUUCUCGGGGCUUUCGUGUUUCUGUUCCAAUUCCUAUUGUUGUUCAUCAAUUAG